AUGGAUCUCGUCAACAGUCUCGAAGGCCGCCUUCUCUUUGCCGUGCCCAAGAAGGGCCGGCUCAAUUCAGCCACACUCAACCUCCUUGAGGGUGCCGAUAUCCAGUUCCGCCGCGAGAACCGCCUUGACAUCGCUCUCGUCAAGAAUCUCCCAAUUGCCCUCAUCUUCCUCCCCGCCGCCGAUAUCCCCACCUUUGUCGGUGAAGGCCGAGUCGACCUGGGCAUCACUGGAUGGGACCAGGUUCAGGAGCACGAUGCCUCAGUCCGCGCCUACAACCACAUGCGACGCAGUUCGGUCGACCUCUCCAACACCGACGACAAGGUGGCCGGCUCCGACAUGGUUAUGGAGCUGGGCUUUGGAAGCUGCAAGCUCCAGGUCCAGGUGCCCGAGAAGGGCCAGUACAAGACCCCCCAGGAUCUCAUUGGCAAGACGAUUGGCACCAGCUUCGUCAGUCUCGCCGCCGAUUACUUCCUGAAGCUUGAGCAGGGUGACGAUACCGAGGGCGGCAUCUCUCCUCGCAAGAUGCGCACUAAGAUUGUCGAGCUCAGCGGCAGUGUUGAGGCUGCCUGUGCCCUUGGUGUUGCCGAGGGUAUUGUUGAUCUUGUUGAGUCCGGAGAGACCAUGCGAGCUGCUGGUCUCAAGGCCAUUGACACCGUCGUCGAUUCCACUGCUGUUCUCAUCAAGUCGAAAUCACCCUCCAACCCCGAGCUGAUCGACCUCAUCACUUCGCGCAUCCGAGGCGUCAUCACUGCGCAGCGUUAUGUGCUCUGCCAGUACAACGUCGAGCGAAGCCGGUUGAUCGAGGCGACCAAGGUCACCCCCGGCAAGCGCUCAGCAACCGUCACCGCCCUCGAUGAGGAAGGCUGGGUUGCUGUGAGUUCCAUGGUUGAGAGCAAGAAGAUUGCUCUGGUCAUGGACGAGUUGACCCGAAUCGGAGCCCAGGACAUCCUGGUGCUCGAUAUUCACAACGCGCGCUAG